GGGGAGAGCUGUGGCGGGGCAAUCACUCGGUUAGGCAAGCGGCGCAGACGGCCAGGUCAAGGCGCCAGAAGGUUCCCCUUGCCUUCUCUAAGCGCGCCCUGGGCGCCUCAACCCAACCCAACCCAACCCAGCCCAACCCUUCCCUUCCUUCCUUCCUUCCUUCCUUCCCUGCCUGCCUCUACUGCGCGGAUCGAAGCUCCGGAUGCCGUUCCCCGGCGGCUUAUGGUGGCUGCUGUGCUGCAGGCAAGGCUUCACCUUGCUGCGACGCGACUAUUGUGAGGCAAGCAAGGGGGUGGCCGGUGAAGAAGAAGAAGAAUCCUUUGAAUUACGCAGUCAAGGCGAUGAGGACUCUACCUUACAGGUGAACCUCACUCAACCCAGUCGUGCUAGCAGUUGCUCCGAAAGGUCUUUGCCAGUGACCGAAGAGACACACAGGCUUAUUACAGAGAAGACGUGUGGAAGGAUGCAACAUGAACCUGAUGCUAUUGUGAAAGGUGGGAACUUAGACUCAGGUUGGCUGCAGCGAGAGGUCCGAGGAGGUAUUAGAACGCCCUGGCUGCGUCCUCGCAAAUACUGGUUUGUGUUGACAGAGGAGUCCCUAGACUACUACAGUGGGUGUGAGGUGAGCGCCCAGCGUCUUGGGUCCCUUGUUCUCACCAGCCUCUGCUCUGUGCUAUGGCCCGACAAGCAAACCUAUAAGGAAACAGGCUACUGGGCAGUGACGGUUUUUGGCAGAAAGCACUGCUACCGGCUCUAUACGGAACACUUAAAUGAAGCUGUGCACUGGGUUUGUGCUUUGCAGAAGGUUAUCAUCAGCAAGGCCCCUGUGCAGACUCCCACUCAGCUUCUCAUGCGUGACAUUGAGGAGAACCGCAACAGCCCAGAAAUCUUGGAUCAAAUUUAUCACAAUAAUCCCAUCCUAUGUUACACAGCUGGCCCAAUCUAUGCCCCUCUCCUGCCCUUCCCUUAUGCAGCUUCAGGUGGCCAAGGUUAUUCAGGGCUUCGUGAUGAAGCUGUCAAACUGUUCCAUUCACUACAGCAGCUUGAAGAAGUGCGAGAUCCAACCCUCCUCAUGCAGGGGGUCCUGCAAACCUGCCAUGACCUUCCAGCCCUGGUGGAUGAAAUAUUCUGCCAACUGGUGAAACAGACAACAGAGCCACCUAUUCCAGGGGCACCCACAGAUUUGCGCUACUGGCAGCUGCUUGUGUGCAUGAGCUACACAUUUAUACCUUCUGUACCUAUACUCUGCUACUUGCAUCUGCAUUUGCAGCGGAUGGAGAAACAGUUCCCAAGAUCACCAGUGACCCACUAUGGACAUUUAAUCACACAAGCCCUGCGCGAAAGCAAAGGACGGGAGUGUGUGCCCUCCUUGGAUGAGAUUGCAGCACUGAUAGGAAGCCAGGAAAUAACACAUUCCACCCAUUGUCCUGGUACUACCACCUGCUAUGUGGCCGUCACAUCUAACACUACAGUCCAGGAGCAUGUUUGACACCAUGACCUUUGGAGCACUAAGUACCUUCCUGCUGGACAUGGCCAGGCCUCCUGUGAUCCCCACUGUCACCUCAUCCCAGGUGACCCAAGACCUGAUGUUGCAUUUGGGUAUGACCUGCAGCCCCAACUCAUUUGUCUUCCACAUGGAGAGCUGGCAGCAUAAGCACCCCUGUUCAAAGAAUGUACUAGAUAGUUUUACCAGGGCCUUUUUUAUUGGGGCAUUGUCUGUUGGACUGUGGAUCAGCUCUUCUUUGGCCAAGCAACAAGUAGAGAAGCAAGAACAUCUACACAGUAGUAUCCUGAAGGCAGCCACUUCUGUGAUAUGGGCCAUCAUGAACAAACGGAAGAAAUAGAGUAUGGGACAGCUGAAGGUCACAGAAGCCUCCCUGGACCAGGUUGGAAAGUGAUUAGCUUUGGCUCUGCCCUUUCCGGUGUAUCAUCAGAUGAAGAGAAUUCUGCAGCAUCAACAGACAAGCAUGUUCAGCAUCAAGAACUUCCAGUAAUCACACGAACAGGGAUGCAUUCCCCCAAAAUGCCAGUGAUGGAAUUCUGAUUGAGUUGACUCCUGUGUCCUGGCAGGAGUCUUGUGGUUUUGGAUCAGCAUAUAUUCUGGUCACUGAAAGGAAUAGUGAUAUUUUUUGCUCCUAAGGAGCUGAUAAACUAUGUCUUCUGUACAGAGGGAUUUGCUACUCCCACGCCUAAUCUGAUUAAAUACUUUUAUACAAA